CUUUAUCUCUGAUCCUGGUGAUCGUCGAGUCUUUUUGCAUCCACAACUUAUAAUCUUGCCCAAUACAAAUCUACGCCCACAAUGGUCGCAUUGAAAUCACAUCUCACCCUGCUUGCUCUGUCCGUCGCGUCGCUUUCACUGCUUCCUGGAUCUGAGGCGGCUGCCUUGCCUAUUCGAGCGCCGUCUAUGUCCUCGCCCGUACAGUACGCACGCCGUCAAGUUCCGCCGACGAUGCCUAUGUCGAUGCGGGCGAAGAAACGCUUUGCUGGUUUCAAGCAUCGACCUCGCGACACUGCUGACAUCUCGCGUAAGCGCAAGUUCCUCAAAUCGAGAAUACUAGAACCGCUUGUUCCCAUUGGUGAGGUCUUUGGGAAGCGUCAUCCUCAGGAACAGGCCCAUUUCAGUGUCAAGGAGCGCCGUCAAGAUAGUUCAAGUCUUCCUGGCCAGUACGGACGAGUGGACAUUAUGAACAACGGUACAAUGGUCGGAAGUCUUGUGAUGAACACGACAAGUUCCCCUCCUGUUCUCGAUGCCUCAUCUAACAAUCAUACGAACUUCAAUAUGGUUCCCACCGACAACAACCUGUUUACGCUCCAAACGUUGAUGAACACCACGGAAGGCCUGAUGCCGUUCUGUGCCACGUAUGAUCCUCAGCCACCAGCGCCUGCGCCGCUUACCGUCACCCGCUGCCAAAAUACCACGACCGACUCUCAGCCCCACAAGAGCCAAGUGUUCGACUAUGAUGCGAGCAGUGGCGUCCUUAGGCCUCGUUGGGGUAGUGGUGCAUCGAGCGUAGCGGGCAACGGUACUGCUGUUUCUUCUCAAGAGAUUGAUGACGAACAAGCGAGUGACGACGACGAAGAUGCUGGCGAUAACGACACUACCGGCGGCGACGACACUGAUGGUGAUAGCGACACUACUGGUGACAACGAUACUGCUGGCGACGAUAGCGAUGGCGCCCCCCUCAACUCACGUGAUGCGUCCGGCUCUGCGAAUGUCGAACUGGUCUUUGUCCCUGACCAAGAACCUUCCGCUGCAGCUGAGCAGGUUGCGCCCAUCGAAACGACGACUGUCACAACCACUGUCACGACAUCUGCAUCUGCUACUCCUGACGACCGAGUCGUUCCCUCGACCACGCUCAGCUCCAGUCCCUCUUCUUCUGUCGGUGCUCUUGCUGUCGAGGUCAACACCGUCUCGAGCUCGGUGCCGGCGUCCUCUUCAGUGGCGCAAUCGCUGAUCUCAUCAACGACGACGAUUUCUAGCUCAGCAACAUCGACGCCUUCUAGCUCAGCAACGAUGACGCCUUCUAGCUCAGCAACGAUGAUCCCUUUCAGCUCAACCACCGUCGACGCCUCUCCAGCAACACCGACCGACGACAGGGCCUCCGACGGCGGCAACGACGUCUCUUCUGCGCCAUCAACAACUCCUCAAGAUGAGCAAGCGGUCGAGCUCGGUCUACCACACUCCUUUACCCACACGUUCUUUCUCGGUACCUCUACGAUGCAUAUGCGGCUUGCAAACCACCAGCACAUCCGUGCUCCUCCAAACCCCACCCCACCCAACUCUCCCCCAGUUGGCCCGUCCAACACUGCCGAUAACGCAGCUCCUUCGAGCCCCCCUGGUGGCGACCAAUCUGGUAACGGUGGAUCCGACAAAGGGAAAGGCGUCACUACCUCAGACACCUCCACCUCCACCUCCACCUCUAGCUCGACCUCGACCUCGACCUCGACCUCAACUUCGACAUCGGUAGCCACCCCGCCCACCACCUCGACCACCUCGACCACUUCGACUUCCUCGACUCUGGUUCGAGUGAAGACCACCACUUCAACGUCUUCCACGCCGUCCACCACCUCGACUUUAUCGACCGCUGCCCAGACCACCACCACCCCCUCUACUACGAGCACCCCCGUUGCAGCUACUGUUUCUACGUCGUCGUCUCAAUUGACGACGUCAGUUCUGACAACCAAGGUGGCGACGACCCCGACCAUCGUCUCGGUCACGCGUGCAAAGACUACUGGAACUGAUACGCUCAAUACGCUUCCGGCCUUUGUUCAGACCACUGCAGCAGGGUCGACUGUCGUGGCCUCCGCUCCUCCUGUCGCCGCUGCAAACCAGGUGAACAUCGGUGCUGUCAUUGGUGGAACCGCGGGUGGGAUCGCUGCUGUGGCCAUCAUAUUCUUCAUCUGCACAUACCUCAUCAAAAGAAGACGUUCGGCGAAGGAAUUUGAUUCCUGGUCCUUCCGCAAAUCUGCUGUGAUCGUCGACGACUCGUUCACUACCCCUCGUCCUCCCACCAUGAUUGAGCGCAAAGGCGAGCACGCGUCUGGCCCAUCGGUUUCCAGCUUCAAUGGCCCCAACCUCGCCGGCGCUGGCGCUUUCACUCAGGGAGAACAACAGCAGUAUCAAGAGUACCAACAGUACGAUGCUCAGCAGUAUGGGCAACCAGCAGCUGUGCAUCAACACAUCCAGCCCAGUCAACAGUACACGUAUGGCCAAGCCUACGAAGCUCACGCCCACGGAUACGAGCACAGCUCGGACGUUGGACACGAGGCUGAGUACAACGGCGCCUACAGCUCGGAGCCGCACGCUCAGGACAUCUACGCUGCUGAAGCUUAUGGCUAUCCCGAGGACCAAGUCGUCGUCACGCCUGGCACUGAUGCUCAGGAGAUGGGACAUCACCAGGCAUACGCCCAACAUGCCCAAUCUCAUGAUGCCUACGGCGGCAUGUAAACGCUCUAACAAGUCAUCAGUGGCUUUUGCUUGGUUUUGUGUACCUGUUACAUUUAUGGCCUGCGGUUGUCCUUAUUAUCUCUCAUACCGGACUGCAUACGUUGUAGAACGUAUGCUCGAUCCGGUAUGUUGUGAUGCCGCCUCUUGUUCUUGCUUACAUCUCGUACGCGGGCCCGUGUUGUGUUGACAUCCAUACCCUCCCAUUUCUCUCUAAAGUAUCGUGUGUUUAUAGCUCCUUCCAAAAAAUGUGAUUUACAGUCAAUGUAAUUUCAAGUUGCCGAUAUGCUUAGGCUUUGGUUAUGACGAUCAUGACGAAACCGUGGAUCUCCACAGGCUCACUUGGUCUUUGUCCACAGCUCUCAUUUCAUGCAUAAGUUGGCGCAGAAACUAUCUGGUUUUCACAAAUCUCGUUCGAGUAACAACGAGCCGGCCGCCUCGCAGACUGCGACCAUUGAUCCACAGAACGAUCAGUCCGUCUAUCGUUUCAGGAAGCAGCGUGGGGUGAAUCUAGGUUCGUGGUUCGUCCUGGAACGAUGGAUCGCAGACGCACCCUUCCAUCGUGCUGCCGAGCCUGGCCAAAGCGAUCUCGAUGUCGCGCGUGGGAAGGACGCGCGGCAGGUGCUGGAGGCGCACUACGAUACGUGGAUCACCGAGGCCGAUUGGGCUUGGAUCGCGGAGCAUGGGUUCAACACUGUUCGAAUUCCCUUCGGGUAUUACCAUCUGUGUGGAGCUGAUCCCUCGGUCAUCGCAGGCACAGACUUUGCGGACUUGGGGGAGAUAUUCGCUGGUGCAUGGGCGCGUCUGAUCCAGGCGGUCGAGAAGGCACAAAGCUACGGAUUGGGCGUCCUCCUCGAUCUUCACGCUGCGCCGGGGAAACAGAACGCGGACUCGCACGCAGGGACUUCCAACGCGCCUGCGUUCUUUGGCAACCGCCGGCUCCAGAAACACACGGUGCAUGUCCUGCAGAGUUUGGUGGCGCGAUUGCACGAACACGAUCCGCCGUUGGCCAACGUCGUCGGGAUCGAGCUUCUGAACGAGCCCCACCCAGACUCGGAUGCCGAGCUCAAGGCGUGGUACACGUCCGCGAUCCAGGAACUGGCGAGGCUGGAUGCGGGGCUGCCCAUCUACAUCGGCGACUGCUGGAAGACGGAGCAGUACGCGGAGUUCGUGAAGAAUCUGUCGGGACCCCGGCCGGCGUUGAUUGUGCUGGACCACCAUCUGUACCGGUGCUUCACUGCGCAGGACACAUCGACUCCAGCCUCGGCACAUGCUCAAGCUCUGAUUGAUGGCGAGACGCCGGCACUGUUUGGCCGCGUCUCGGAGAUGCUGAAUCAAGCAGGCGCGGGGCUCGUCGUCGGAGAAUGGUCAGGCGCUCUGAAUCCCGGCUCGCUCGCAGCCGGUUCCGCAGCCAAGGAUGUGCCAAGCUACAUCGCUGCCCAAUUGCAGCUCUACGAAGCGCACUGCUCGGGGUACUUUUUCUGGACUUACAAGAAGCAAGGCGCACACCCAGAUAAAGGAUGGUGUCUCCGAGAUGCGGUCGAAGCCGGCGUCUUCCCAGAUCGGGUAGGCAUGUUUCUCUCCAGUCCGAUCGGGGGAGAAGAAGACGUGCAACGGAGAAACGACACCCGAGACCAGCUGAAAGCUCGGGCGCUCGAUGCCCAUGUCGGAUACUGGUCGCAGUUUCCGGGAAAGUAUCAGCAUGAACGCUUUGGCGAGGGAUUCGGUCUGGGCUGGGACGACGCAUAUGCUUUUUUUCAGAAGAGCGGCGGAGUGGGGCGGCCGGUUUCUGAGCUCGGGUUUGUCGGCGCUUGGGCCAGAACGAGAACGCAUGAUCAUGGAUCAGGUUACUGGGAGUUUCAGCAUGGGUUCAACCAAGGUGUUCUGGCUGCUAAAGAGGAUCUUCGCGCGAAUUUCUGUCAUUAGGUGCAUGGUGGUGUGGCAUUGUAGGAUGUAAUAACAGCUCGUGCGCGGACAUACAAGUACAACAAUUAUGCGUUCAUUCGUUCUUGAACGUAGAUUAAGUCUCCCAAGGCGAGGCAGGCCGUCAAUGUGGUCCGCAGCGUCCGUAUUUAUCCCGCGGCCAAGUCUGGCGGCGACGCAAUUCCGGAAGCCGUGUCCGUCUUUUUCAUAGCGUCUGACGGUGCAACUGGACAUGGAUAUUCAGCGUCGUCAUCCAUCUUCAUCCAUCCGAGUCGUCCAAAAGUCAUCAUAGUUUGCGAGUUCGUCCUCGAUCAAAGCAGAAUGUUGCCGAUCGAGCUCUGUUUCGCUCGGUCUUGC